CGGAAGUAGGAAGUGAAGCUAGUGAAUGAAUAGGCCAGGCUCGGUGAAGUCGCCGACGAAAACAUUCAGUUGACAAUUGACCUGAAAAACUACAGUACUUCAGGUACAAGCCUAAAGCGUGGAAUAGCGCAAACAACUUGCUCCUAAGGCUUUUGUAGUCUGAGCUACAAAAUGUCCAUGAGUCCAGUGCCCCAACAGGGCACACUUCAAGUCAAAUGGGACCCAAAGAAUUUAGAGAUCCGAACAAAGUCAGUUGAGAAAACAUUGGAGCCUCUUGUCACACAGGUCACAACUCUUGUCAAUCAGAAUGGACCAUCGAAUAAAAAGAAAGGGAGAUCGAAGAAAGCUCAUGUUCUGAGUGCUGCUGUUCAGAAAGCGACAGAGAACUUUAUCAUACAAGGGGAACAAAUAGCUCAUGACUUCCCAGAGGUUGAAAAUGAUAUGCUUGCUGCCAUUGAUGAAGUUAGAAAAACAGGGGAGACAAUGGAUGAUGCCUCCCAAGAUUUUGCUGCAGAUCCUUGUUCAUCUGUAAAGAGAGGUGCCAUGGUGAGAGCUGCAAGGGCCCUCCUCUCUGCUGUCACACGCCUACUUAUCCUGGCUGAUAUGGUGGAUGUUCAUCUCCUUUUGAAGUCCCUGCACACUGUUGAAGAUGAUUUGGAUCGCAUAAAAAAUGCUACCAGUCAACAAGAACUGACUGAUGGUUUCAGGGACUUUGGACGAAGUAUGGCAGAGUUGACGGACAGAGCUGCGAGAAGACAGGCUGAUUUGAAGGAUCCUCGAAGGAGGGAGGAGCUAGCUGCUGCCAGAGCAACUCUCAAAAAGAACAGUAUGAUGCUAUUGACAACUUCUAAGGCUUAUGUCCGCCACCCAGAGCUUGCUGCUGCUAGAUCUAAUCGUGACUACGCCUACAAACAAGUGUGUGAUGCUGUCAAUGCAAUAUCUGAUGUUGCUCAGGCUUCUGGACAAUCAAAUGCUCACCCAUACGAAGGGCCCGGGGAGCUUGCUGCAGCUUUGGAUGAACUUGAUCAAAAAAUUAUUAUGGAUCCCCUAAAUUACAACGAAGUACGCAGUCGUCCAUCUCUCGAGGAACGUGUGGAAAGUAUCAUCAGUGGAGCAGCUCUCAUGGCUGACUCGUCCUGCACUCGCGAUGACAGAAGAGAGCGGAUUGUUCAAGAGUGUAAUGCUGUCCGUCAAGCCUUGCAGGACCUUCUGACAGAGUAUAUGAACAAUGCCGGGAAGAAAGAACCCAGUGAGGAGCUGGAGCAGGCCAUUGACAACAUGACCAAGAAAACAAAAGAUCUGCGAAGACAGUUGCGCAAAGCAGUGGUGGACCACGUAUCUGACACAUUCCUUGAGACCAACGUUCCCCUGCUUGUUCUGAUAGAAGCAGCAAAGGCUGGAGAUGAGAAGGGUGUGGAGGAAUAUGCGCAAGUGUUCAUGGAGCAUGCAAAUAAACUUGUGGAGGUUGCUAAUCUUGCCUGUUCUAUGUCGAAUAAUGAAGAAGGUGUGAAGCUGGUCAGAAUGGCUGCUGCGGAAAUUGAUAAUCUGUGUACCCAGGUUAUCAAUGCUGCUAGAGUUCUGGCUGCUCGACCCAAAUCAAAAGCUGCUCAGGAGAAUAUGGAUGUUUUCAAAGAUGCUUGGGAGAAGCAAGUUCGUCUCCUGACAGAGGCUGUUGAUGAUAUUACCACCAUCCAUGACUUCCUUGCUGUUUCAGAAAAUCACAUCUUGGAAGAUGUGAACAAGUGUGUAAUAGCCCUCCAAGAGAACGACCCUGACACUCUAGACAGGACAGCGGGAGCCAUUCGAGGCAGGUCUUCGAGAGUGUGCAACGUUGUCUCUGCCGAAAUGGAUAAUUAUGAGCCUGGCCAGUACACAGAGAGAGUCAUGGAGGCAGUCAUCAUGCUCAGAGACCAGAUCAUGCCUAAUUUUGCGGAGAAAGUGGAAAUGGCUGUUGAUGCAUUGAGCUCCAAUCCAACACGAGAUGUUGAUGAAAAUGAGUUCAUUGAAGCCUCAAGACUAGUAUAUGAUGGCGUCCGAGAUAUUAGACAAGCUGUACUCAUGAGUGGGGUUGAUAUCGAUGAGUCUGACAGUGAAGAUUAUGAGGAUGAAUAUGGAGGCUAUGCUCAAUCGAGCGUGAUGGACCAUGAUGACUAUUCGGGCAAGAGUGACCGGGCCAUGAUGAGGAGGCUGCCUGAGGAGGAGCGGGAGGUGAUCCAGCAACAGGUGGAGAUGUUCCGCAUGGAGAAGGCCAAGCUGGACCGUGAGGUGGCCAAGUGGGAUGACAGCGGCAAUGACAUCAUCGUCAUGGCCAAGCAGAUGUGCAUGAUCAUGAUGGAGAUGACAGACUUCACUAGAGGUCGUGGUCCUCUGAAAAGCACCAUGGACGUCAUUAAUGCCGCCAAGAAAAUCUCUGAGCAUGGAACAAAUCUGGACAAACUUGCUACUACUAUUGCAGAUCAGUGUCCAGACUCUCAGUCGAAGAAAGAUUUAGAGGCUUAUCUUCAGCGCAUUGGUUUGUAUUGCCACCAGCUGAACAUUACCAGUAAAGUCAAGGCUGAUGUACAGAGUGUCAGUGGAGAACUGAUUGUUUCAGGGUUGGACAGCGCGACAUCAUUGAUCCAUUCUGCCAAGAACUUGAUGAAUGCUGUUGUCUUGACAGUUAAAGCUUGCUAUGUAGCUUCCACUAAGUAUUCAAAGGGAUCAAAUAGGCAUGUUGUCUUGUGGAAGAUGAAAGCCCCUGCCAAGAAGCCACUGGUAAGAAGAGAGGAUCCUAAUGAGCUGGGUGCCAAGGUGAGGAAGGGAGCGGCCACCAGGUCGGCUAUCGAGCCCAUCAAGGCUCUCAGCGAGUUCCAGGAAGUGGAUCCAGACAGCUUCUGUUGAGAGGACCUGCGAGAUUGUACUUACUGAACCCCUGUUCGGGAUUAGUUCCCAGAUGUCUUGCAGGUGCAAAGGUCAGAAAAAGCUCAUGCCCAAGUUACAAAAAUUUAGAAAGAUCCCCCCUCCCUCCUCCCCGUCCCGCAAUUGACAUCGAAAAAGGAACCUUACUGUACAAUGACACAGUUUACAUACCUGUCAACUCUGAUAAGCUGUUUGUGUAGUCCAUGGAUGUGCGGGCUCCUUGUACAUACAAAUUCAAAUAUUUGUGACCAUACAUUUUUAGGUGAGUCUCACCAUAAACAUUUCUGAAUGCAUCAUUUUCUGUAAUGUUGGAAAUUAAGAGUAUGUUUAAAGGUUUAAAACUGGAAAAUUUUUGUAUGAAAGUAUAAAUGUUGAGUAACCAUAAGCGUUGGAUCAUCAAUUGGAAUCUGAUGUGAUGAGAAGUCAUUUUAGAUACUGUGCUAUGACCCUGUCUCAUUUUCAUAUUUGUACUUUUUGUUUAGAAACAACUUGAUUAUAUUUUGAAUUUGAAUUCUUUAAUAAAAAUGUUUGGCGAGGGUCAACUGUGCAUAUAGGCUACUUAUAUUGCUGUAGACCUUGACUUUGAAGAAGUGCAUUUAUCAUGUUUUGAUGAGGUUCAGCUGUAUUGGCAGUGAAGAAGAUUAAAGUGUGCUUUUGCCCUUUUUAUUAUUUAAGUUACUUUUUUCAGGUACAGUACAAAAUGAAGGAAAAAAGAGAAAGCUACAAAAAUAUAUCUAUUUAUUGUCCCGUGUAUUUUGUAGCUGAGAACUUUGAUCUUCUGUUACAGAUAGAUGUUGUGCUGCUUAAAAGUUUAUACAAUUGAGGAGUCAAGUAAAACCCAUAUCACAAUGGCCAUUUACAUAUCAUGAUGAGAAAAAUAACCAUGGUGGCUCAGUUACUGCUUAACACUUUGCAGUCACUUGGCGCAAUAAUGGGGCGGUGAAAAUGAUUCGUUACUGUCAUGCACCAGGCCCGAGAAGUUCGUCGCAGUCGCUCUCCUGGCAGAGUGACCAGAUGGGGUAUUUUCUACUGCUGGUUGUAUGACUGCAAAGUGUUAAUUUGUUUGGGGGUUGGUUGUUGUUUUUUUGUGAACCAUUUUAUUUUUACUGUGUUGCAGUACUUUCAUAGGGAACAAAAUUUAUUUUUCUUACCUAAUAUAGUUUCAUUUUAGUACCAUGGUUUUCGCUCUUCUUUUUAUAAAUUUGUGUAUUAAACAUGUCGCAUGUUCCCUGUCCUCAUGCAGCAAAGUGAAUGCAAAAGCAUUGGAGAACUGAUCAAGUGAAAAAAUAGAUACAGCUUUUGCACAGUUACCUAUUUUUAAAAACCAUCAAUAAAAGUUUUUAUGUGAUUCUCAUUAUUUUGCUUCAUGUUUUCACCUUAAUCAAGAGAAUUUCAUGUUGUCCAUUGGUGUGGAACGGUCUAUGUGCUCUUAGCACAUUAUAAAGACAUCAUGAAACAGGUACUGACAUUUUGCAUGUCGCACAAGAGUAGAUCUGAAUUCUAUGUGAUCUUUGCUGCAGUAGUUAGUGAGUGAUUCUUUCUUUUUUACAUUUGGCAUGGGGAAGUGAUUCCUUUUUUUUGUUGUCAUCAUGGUUUCAUCUAUGUUUGGAGGCUUUUUUACUCCUCAGAUGUGUUCAUUUUUAUAAUUUAUACUUUAUCUUUGUCGGCGUACAGUGUCUAAGAAAUAUGGUUGUGAGUGAUCUUAACAUAUAUUUUUUAUCAUUUUUUUUUUUUUGCAGAAAGAAUUUGUCAUUUGAAAUAACUGUACCAUCACUGUAUAUUCACCUUAUCUAAAAAUAAAUUUAUAAUGAUAGAGAC